AUGCUCACCGGCGUACAGGUGGCCAUUGCAUGCUCAUCAUUGGACAAAAGUGAGCCAAAGGUUGUCACACCUCGGGUCCUCAAAAGCACAGAAAUGGAGUUUAUCGUCCCCAACUUGCUCGAUUGGGCGUGGUCCUCCACGGCCAACACCACAGACUCAUCCCCAACCACACUCACACCCAAGACACUACAGCUCUCGGUGACGCUUACCUGUGAAAGUGGCGUAAAGGACUCUUCUGAUCCUGUCAUUGCCUUUGACAUGGUUGCUGUCGAAGAUUCCGAGACGGAACUGCUCCAUACCAUCAUAGGACUCCACCGCCAGCUCAUCCAUGCCUCACUGACCGCAGAACUAGACAUUGAGACAGAACACACUGCACGGCAAAGAACUCUAGCGUUGCUAACCCUUGAUCAGCCCCCUACAGUGACUCGAUCUGAACAUCUGGCACUUGGCGUCAUCUACAUGCUGUGCGACAGGCGCGACUUGAUCUCAGAUGAAGGCAUGAAUAUCAUCAGAGCUGUCACCCAAGAUGGCCAUGACAUGUUACAUUUGGCAGUCGUUCUUGGUCUAAAGACACUCGUGCGGGAACUCUCCCGUCAUUUACUCGUGACUUUUCAGAGCUGUGCUAUCACCAGCGAGAGCGAAGUCUUUACUCGAGACCCCAACGGCCUCACAGCCCUUGAUUUUGCGACUGUUCUGGACCGCGAGGAGAUUGAGACAGUACUCGCAGCGACGUUGCAGGCAUCACAGGACCACAAGCGAUCUAUCCUGGGCAGAGCAACACGACCGCUGCCAUCCAUUCCUCCACCACAGUCGUCGUCAUCAGGAUCAAGGGCAACCUCACCUCCAAAGCCCUCUCGAUCAUCAACACUCAAUGGCAGUCCAGUCCUUCCUGACACGGCGUCAACUGCCCUUGCUUCUGAGACUGCUGACAGGCCGUUGCCUCCAACACCACUGAUUUCGCCUUACAACGACUCGCCUCCAGAGACCCGAGGAAACCAUACUUACUUCCCAACGAUGGCUGGCAUUGAUGCAACCCUGGCAUAUUCCCCUCCUUCGACUGAGGCUAGUCUGUCGGCACCUUCGGAACAUCACCCACCUCAAAGAGUCAACACCGCGCAGGCAAUUAUCGAGGAUAAUGGGAACCGUACCGGACAGUACCACGGAGGAGUGCCUCAGACAACGGCGGAACAUAGUCCAGCUCAUUAUCCUGGCCAUGGCGACCCUCAUGUUGUCGCUCAGCAAUACCCAACUUAUCAACCCCAGCAUCAUCAACACCAAAACAACCAGCACCAACAAGCUCAGUGGCCACAACAACACCACCAGCAACCUCACCCACAACCUCAACAGCAAUCGCACCAUUACCCACCUCAUGACCAGCAGCAUUAUCAAAAACAGCAGCAUCACGAGGAACCGCUUCACACUUUCGUCCAACACGCACCUACAAUGCCUAUUAUGCCUCACCUCCAGGCUCAUGGUCAUCAUCUUAUGUCACGCCCCGAACUGACUACUCCGCCUCGAGCCAACUCUGUACCACUGCCAGUGCCACGACCCCACAACUCUCAAACAUCAUACCCACAACAGCACCAACCAUCGCCAAUCAUAGAGAACCACUCGCCGACUUUAUUGUCGACCUCCCCCGCUACCGCAGGAAGCUACCGCCCUCUACCGACAACAUCGCCCAAGGCUCCGUCCUCCUUACCGCCACCAAAGCACAAGAUUACGCGUGUGAACAGGCCCAAGAACUUUGUAGUACCGACUUCAGCCUCAGAGACAAAUCCUGUCAGUGUGUCAGUACCGGAGCUGCCCUUGCAGUAUCAGCAACAACAGCAGCAAACCUUGCAGUAUCAGCAACAACAGCAGCAGACCUUGCAUUAUCAGCAACAGCAGCAGCAACAACAACAGCAACAUCAACAGCAGAGGCCAAUGGUGAUCCCGCCACUUCUCCCUGAUCCAUAUCCUGUUGCGCAUGCUAGUCACCACCAGCAUUCCAUGCCGGCCCCUUUGCCCAUUCCUAUGAUGCAACAUGGUAUGCCUCAGAAACAGGACUUGUAUGGCGCUCCUAGGCCGGACGAUCAAAUCAAGGUUCCUAUCGCCUAA